AUGAGAACCAGAUUUCUCUUGGGCAUCACCCUCCCCAUUCUUAUAUUGUCUUCCGACGCCACAGCUCAGCGGGGUUCUCAAAUAAAAUGUCCCAGCCUUCAGUCCAACGAGCAUGUUUCGCGGAUUCAAUGCUUGCAGCACGACGGCUCUGUUAUAGAUGUUGAGGGCCUCGGUCUUUUCAACUGCAAACUCAGUUACUUUGCAAUACGCCCGCGAACCAUCAAAGCCAGCACCUACCAACAGGAAAAGCCCCAUACUAAGGAUGAGGCGCAAUGUGAACUCUGGCUCAUCCAGUUCACCGACCACGGCCUUGUUCAACGCAGCUGUUGCUGGGAGGAACUCAGCAAUCGGGAUUCCGGGACACAAGAGCACGAAGAUCCAGAUUUGGAUUCACAGCAACAGCCUCUGAGGUCCGGUGAAGGAAUAGAAGAACAUAUUCAGUAUCUUAAGACAGAGGAUGGGGUAACGGACAGGAAGGACCAGACAAAGGAUGUGAAAGGGUAUGCGUUUGAAGAUGAAUAUGAAGACGAAAGCGAGGAAUGGGAUGGUGAAGAAGAAUAUAAUUAUGAAGAUGAAGAUGAAGAAUAUGAAGAUGUGGCUGAUGAGGAAGUGGAAGAAGAGGUAGAAGAAGACGACGACUAUAGUAGUGAUGAACAUAAUGGAGAUGGUGAAGAAGAAAGUCAGCUCGGCCCAGAGGGUAGGCGUAUCACUUCAAAAGAGCGAGAUAGUCCCGAGAAUCAAGAAACGGAGUUGUGA